AUGAUGAGUAACUGUGUUUCUUCUUCGCCUGCCCUUCUUUCAAUUCCAACUCGUGUAAGAGAACGCAAAAUAUCCACUUUGGUAGCAAUGCUAUUCCCUUUUUCGCUGCCAUUUCUGCCUCUGCCUCCUACUCUCUUCAAUUGCUUUUGCUCCUCCACUCACUCUGUUCCAACCCCUUCUCACAAAUGGGAACCUUUCCUCAAGAAAAAGGUUGUAAUGAGAGUUGGAUAUGUUGGAACUGAUUUUAGAGGCCUGCAGAUACAACGGGAUGAACACACAUUAUCCACAAUUGAGAAAGAACUGGAAACUGCGAUUUUCACGGCCGGUGGCAUGCGUGAUAGUAAUUUUGGGGACUUGAACAAAGUCAAAUGGGGCCGGAGUAGCAGAACUGAUAAAGGAGUCCACUCUCUGGCAACAAUGAUAUCCUUUAAGAUGGAAAUCCCCGAGAAUGCAUGGAAAGAUGAUGACUAUGGCAUUGCGCUAGCAAACCGCAUUAACUCUCAUCUUCCUAAUACUAUCAGAGUUUUUAGCAUUCUGCCUUCAACGAAGAGAUUUGAUCCUAGAAGGGAAUGCAAUUUGCGGAAAUAUUCUUAUCUCCUCCCUGCUGACAUAAUAGGAAUCCAGAGUGAUUUAAGCAAGGAUGAAAUUGAUUUUCACAUUUCUGAGUUCAACAGUAUACUUAAUGUUUUCGAGGGAGAGCAUCCUUUCCAUAAUUAUACUGUUCGGUCUAAGUACAGGAAAAAAUACCAAGUAAGGCAAUCAUCCAGAAAUGUUGUCAUGUCAGACAGAAUAGGAUCAUCUAGUUCUGCAUCAGCUUAUGAAUCAGAGGGUGAGGAAAGUGAUGAUGAUGAUGAUUUUGUGGGUGGCAGACCAACCACAUUAAGUAAGGAGGAGAGCCACAAGUCUCCUGAGUCUAGGAAAUCCAAUGGCUUGAGUAUUCAAAGCUCUAGUGUUGUAGUUCGUGCAAGAUGGCUACACGAACCAGAUGAGACAGAUAGAUUAAAUGCUUCCCAUUUCAGAAAUGUUUUUCGUUGUUCUUGUGGGAAGUUAGAAACAUCGUUGGGAUAUGAUUAUGUAGAGAUCCAAAUAUGGGGGGAUUCCUUCAUGUUACAUCAAAUACGCAAAAUGGUUGGGACUGCAGUGGCGGUAAAGCGCAAGUUAAUUCCAAAAGACAUCAUUUUGUUGUCUCUCAACAAGUUUGCACGGAUUGUCCUCCCGCUUGCUCCACCAGAAGUUCUGGUUUUGAGAGGAAAUGCUUUCAAAAUGAGAUCAAGGGCUGGAAACUUCAUACGGCAAGAAAUGGUGUCUAUGGUUGAAUCAGAACAAAUUCUUAAAGCAGUGGAUGACUUCUACACGUGUGUUGUGUUGCCUGAAGUGUCGAAGUUCCUAGACUCAUCAAACUCUCCUUGGAAAAAAUGGAUUGAGAAUUUGGAUAAGUAUUCAAGCAUUCCAGAUGGUGAGUUGGAUGAAGUCAGAAAGGCUUGGAAGACAUGGAAGGAAAAUUUCAGGGUAAAGUCAGCAUCAGAUGCAUAG